GUUCUGACUGAUUUUCUCCUAAAACCCUCCCCUUUGCAAACCAACGAAUAUGAAGCUCGUAAGGUUUUUGAUGAAAUUGAACAAUGAAACUGUGUCUAUCGAGCUCAAGAACGGAACAGUAGUUCAUGGCACGAUCACAGGGGUGGAUAUCAGCAUGAAUACACACUUGAAGACUGUGAAGCUGACACUAAAGGGAAAAAAUCCAGUUACUCUUGACCAUCUAAGUGUAAGGGGUACCAACAUCCGCUAUUAUAUUCUCCCUGACAGCUUGAACCUGGAAACAUUACUUGUAGAGGAGACACCAAGGGUCAAGCCCAAGAAGCCAACUGCUGGGAGGCCUGUGGGACGAGGUCGCGGACGGGGUCGCGGACGGGGACGUGGCCGAGGUCGAUAACUACUGUCAUCUCGUAUAUUUGUACCAUUUUUCACAGCAUCAGCUAGCGUACAGGUGCAUUACACUGGGGGAACUUUGGAGGGGUCACAUGGUCUGAAAGCUAGGAGUAGAAGUUGAUCUCCUUUGUCUAUGAUGAGUUGCUUGUUUAUUAGAAUGUAGGGAGGUAUUGUUGCUUGAAAUCUUUUAAAGAAAAUGCUUAUUAACUAAACAGGAAGAUGAUAUAUUAGAAGAUGCUGCGCUGAAAUUGGAAGUUCAGAAUAAGUAGGGCUUCCUUCAACUUGCUAUGUUAUUUGGGAAUUGUAGACAGGCAUAGGAUUCUAUUAACAUUUUGAUGCGUGACUUGCAGCUAUUGAUUUGGUUUUGAAUGUUUGAUUGUGGGAUAAAUGCAUUUAUUAUUAGGAAAAA